AUGGCUCUAGCUUCUCAUCCAUUGGCCUUUGCUUUUGGCAUCAUCGGUAAUAUUAUAUCUGUUAUGGUCUUUCUCUCCCCCAUAAAUAGAAAGUCUACGCAAGGGUUCCAAGUGGCCCCUUACGUCGUAGGACUGAUUAGUGCCAUGCUAAUAUUGUAUUACGCGUGGCUAAAGGUCGACGACGUAAUACUUUUGAUUACGAUUAACGCAUUUGGAUGUUUGGUGGAGUCGAUCUACAUCGGCAUCUACAUAUUUUAUGCACCCAGAAAGGUCACCUCUGUGGGAUGUGUUAUAGGGACUUUGAGAGGAUUUUGGGUUAUUGUUAUGCUAACACAAGUUCUGAAACAGGUGAUACAGACGGGCAGCGUGGAGUUUAUGCCCCUCACCUUGACUCUUACACUCACCUCGAUGAUAGUUUAUUGGAUAUAUAGGUCUGUCUCGUCCAAUAAUGCUACUGCUGCUGGAGGAGUUGGAUCGGUAAAUUUACCCGUGGUUGUAGGGGAUAAUAUUGAAGAGUUAGUAUAA